ACCGAUUUUGGGGCAACAGCGAUUGACCAGUGGUGAAUAUCUUGAUUUCUCCUCUGUAAAAUGUCCCGGCCUGGUCUACUGUAGUGUUUUGUCUGGAUUUCACUCCGGAUCGAUAGAGGGAAGAGCUAUUCAUCAUGGGAAAUCCAGAGGCAGACAGGCAAAAAGCCAUGGCGGCUGCGCAGGCAAUGUUCGACCGGUAUUUCCUGUUGGCAGCGGAGAGGCCGAAGGAUCAUAUUGAUUUCGACCGGCAAGUCAUGAAAGAUCUCAAACUGGUCGACGCUACAUUGGACGGAACUGUGACAUUCGAGUUCUUCAUUUCUCAAAAUUAUUCCAACUUAAAUGAUGUCAUGCACGGCGGCGCCGCCGGCGUCAUCUUCGACAUGGCCACCACCACGGCCCUCUGCCCCGUCGCCAAACCCGGCUACUGGGAAUUCAUGGGCGGCGUCACCCGCAGCCUGAGCAUCUCGUACCUCAAACCCGUCCCCAUCGGCAUCACCGUCCGCCUCUUCUCCAAAGUCGUCAGCGUGGGCAAGCAGAUGGCCAUGAUCAGGGGAGAGAUGACGAGCCUAGACGGAAAGAUCACGUAUUGUACGGUGGAGCAUCAUAAGGUGAACACGCCGGUGUUGGAGAAGAAUAGGAGGGUGAGGUUGCCGUGGGAUGAUGUGUGGGAUGGGGAGUGGGGUUUGGGUAAGUAUCGGGGGGUAUCAUCGAAAAUAUGAAUUUUUUGGUUCUAUCAUGUCUUGUU